GUGUGUUUCAGAUCACUGAUCGUCUAUGUGUGGUCCAGGAGCGCAUUUCGAGGACGGUGAUUGGUGCGGGUGAGCAGAGAAACGGGUUAUAUUUUUUUCGCGGUGUUGCGGUUGCGUCGGCAGUACAAAGGAUGGCUUUACAACCUUUGGAGUUAUGGCACAAGCGUUUAGGACAUCCUUCUUCUAAAGUUUUGAAUUUGUUGGAGUUUUCUAGUAGUUGUAGUUCUUUCGAUUCACACUCUUGUGAGAUUUGUAUUCGCGCAAAACAUUCAAGAGAUUCUUUUCCAUUAAGCAAUACUACUUCUCACAAGGCUUUUGAUCUAAUUCACUGUGAUCUUUGGGGACCAUAUCGAACUACGGCACUAUGUGGAUCCCGAUUUUUCUUAACCAUUGUUGACGACUACUCACGUGCGGUUUGGAUUUAUCUUCUCACGUCUAAACAAGAAGCUCCAACGCAUCUUAAAAAUUUUUUGGCUCUCGUUGAACGUCAAUUCUCAACACAAGUUCGCACGGUACGUAGUGACAAUGGGUCCGAAUUCAUUUGUCUCCGAGAUUUCUUUGCAGAAAAGGGAAUUAUUCAUGAGACCUCUUGUGUUGGCACGCCACAACAAAACGGUCGUGUCGAACGCAAACACCAACACAUAUUGAAUGUUGCCCGUGCACUUCGUUUUCAAGCAAAUUUACCCAUUGAAUUUUGGGGAUAUUGUGCUCUCACUGCGGGGUACCUUAUUAAUAGAACUCCGACGAAGCUUUUACAUGGGAAAACACCGUUUGAGUUGGUAUAUGGACGGCCUCCUCCGCUUGAUCACCUACGGGUUCUCGGGUGUCUCUGUUUUGUCCAUAACCAGAAACAUGGAGGAGAUAAAUUCGCCUCAAGAAGUACAAGGUCUGUGUUUUUGGGAUAUCCUUUUGCGAAAAAAGGUUGGAGAGUAUAUAAUUUGGAUACUGGAGUUGUGUCAGUUUCACGUGAUGUCAUAUUUAAGGAAGAUGAAUUUCCUUUUGAUAUACUGGAAAAUAAUGAGAUUAAAGAUUCACAGUUAUCACCAGUUGUUCAAGCUCAUGACGAUGAUCCCCUAGCUGCAGAUAUCAUUUCGUCUCCUCCGGAUUCAACGUUACCACCACACGUUGUCACUACCGGCGAGCUUUGUGAGACUGAUGAACCCGUGACUCCAACAUCAAACGUUGCACCAUCAGCUCUCACGUCGGAUCCGUCGACUCCAAAUUCUGCAACUCCGAUAUCUCCUGUCCCGUCACUUACACCUCUGUCCCCUGUUUUGAGUUCACCGGAAAAAUCAAUGGAAUCACCAACUGCAUCGAUUUCAUCUUCUUCUCCGGCUGCAACUGAUUCUCCCGCUGUCACUGAUUCUCCGGAUGCAAAUGACUCUCCGGCAUCACAUGAUUCUCCGGCUCCGCCAAUUCCCAGCCCUGAAAAGUUAGGACCAGGCCUCCGUAAAAAGAAUCCACCGGUGAAGUUAGCAGAUUACGUCACCAUGUUGCUCCACCAACCGCAUCCUUCGGUAACUCCAUAUCCCAUUGAUAAUUUCUUGUCAAGUUCACGAUUUACAGAACCAUACCAAGCAUUUCUUUUGGCUAUCACUUCUGGAGUUGAGCCGCAGUUCUAUAAAGAUGCAAUACUUGAUGAAAAAUGGAGAGAUGCGGUACAAGAUGAGAUAGUUGCUCUUGAAGAUAAUGGCACAUGGACUGUUGAAACACUUCCAAAGGGAAAGAAAGCAUUGGGUUGUAAAUGGGUUUUCAAAUUAAAGUAUCAUGCAGAUGGUACGUUGGAACGUCAUAAAGCUCGGCUUGUCGUCCUUGGCAAUAACCAAACAGAGGGUAUUGAUUUUAACGAGACGUACGCUCCGGUCGCAAAAAUGGUCACUGUCCGAGCAUUCUUACAACAAGCCGCAUCCAAUGAUUGGGAAGUUCAUCAAAUGGAUGUCCACAAUGCUUUCUUACACGGUGAUCUUGAUGAGGAGGUAUAUAUGCAAUUUCCUCCGGGUUUUCGCACCGAGGAUAAAUCACAGGUUUGUCGUCUUAGAAAAUCAUUAUACGGUUUAAAGCAGGCCCCCCGUUGUUGGUUUGCAAAAUUGGGAGCAGCCUUGAAGGAAUAUGGUUUUAUUCAAAACGUGUCCGACUACUCCUUAUUCACGUUUGAAGAUUCUGUCUCCACGCUCAACGUCCUUGUUUACGUCGACGACAUUAUUAUCUCCGGCAGUUCACUUGACAUCAUUGAAAAGUUUAAAUGCUAUGUAAGUGAUUGUUUUCACAUGAAGAAUCUUGGUCUCCUUCGCUAUUUCCUUGGUAUUGAGGUCGCUCGCAAUUCAACGGGUUUCUACUUAUGUCAGCGAAAGUAUACACUUGACAUACUCACCACAACCGGUGUGUUAGGUGCUAAGCCGGUUGCUUUUCCCAUGGUGCAAAACCACAAACUUGCAUUGGCCAAGGGAAAGCCACUCAUUGACCCUACUCGUUACCGUCGUCUCAUCGGGAAGUUGAUUUACCUUGGCGUUACGCGGCCUGAACUAUCCUAUGCGAUUCACAUUUUAUCGCAGUUUAUGAGCCAGCCCAAAGAAGAGCAUUGGACAGCUGCCUUGCGAGUCCUUUGUUACUUGAAAAAUACUCCGGGACAAGGAAUCUUUCUACAAGCCAAAACACCACUUGUUCUCACUGCUUGGUGUGAUUCGGAUUGGAGCUCAUGUCCUACUACACGUCGUUCUCUCACGGGUUGGUUCAUUCAGUUAGGAGGAUCCCCGAUUUCAUGGAAGACGAAAAAGCAUGAUGUUGUUUCACGUUCUUCAGCCGAGGCUGAAUAUAGAGCUAUGGCCGAUACAGUUUGUGAAAUAUUGUGGCUUCGUCAAUUGUUACCAGCUUUGGGCAUUGAUUGCUCUGCUCCUACGGUUCUUCAUUCCGAUAGUCUAUCUGCGAUCAGCUUGGCCAAGAAUCCGGUCUAUCAUGCACGCACCAAACAUAUCGAGAAUGAUAAACACUUCAUUCGUGACGAGAUCAUCCGUGGCGCCAUUGUUCCUAAACAUGUCUCCACGACUUCGCAGCUCGCAGAUGUUAUGACUAAAGCUUUGGGAAAGACAGCUUUUGAAGCAUUUCUUCUCAAGAUGGUUGCCGAGGCGUAUAUUCAUGCGAGAGUUCAUAAGAUGUUAGUGGACAUUCUUUUCUGGGCACUGGACAAUCCUGCACACUCCAAUUUGAUUAUACUCUCAAAAAACCUCAAAGACAAGGAGACGGUCAGUAAUCUUCAGGGUUUGCAUUCGAGAGGUACCAAUGUUCUCUUAGCCGAGCCUGUAUCUGAAGAUCUACCUUUUACUGAAAGCUCAGCUUGGCUUUGGGAAAGCCUAUCAUCAGAUGGAGGCGGAAGCUCACAAGAUACUGUUGCUGUUUACAAGCUAGAAAGCAAAUCUGAAGAGGAGGCUAGUGUUUAGGGACUGUUUAAGGUUAUAAUGGUGCACUCUGUGAUUGAUUAUCUUAGGUUUGAUCAUUUACGGGACUAAGAGUAAACGCAUGUAUGUGUCGUUUUGUUAUUCUGAUGCUGUUUUAUAACUAUAUAUGUGAAGUGAUAUAUGUAGUCAGUGUAGUUGAUUGCUCGAUAUGGCAGUAUUUAUUGCAAGGAUCCUGAGAUUCACUAAAGAAUUAUAGUAUAUAAUUACUUUGGCCCUGUUUUAUUAAAGAGUUGCAUUUUCC